GGCAAGCAAACUUUAUUUGGUUUCCUCCUAACUCAAGUCAUUAGCAUUCUUCUUUGACUUUUUGGUCUAAAACCGGUUUCUCUUGUCACACCAAAUGGACCGACCCGCCGCCAUAUAUUCCGACACCGUCAACCUCAACGGCACGGUGACGCAGCUGUCUCUGCUCGCCGACGGGAGGCUGUGGUGGCCGGAGGGCGGUCAACGCAAUUUGAGCAUCGAGAAAGAGGUUCUCGGGUUCACCGGCGACGGUCCCGAUAUAAGGCUCAAAACAAUCGUGGAAACCGAAGAUGGAUGCUGUGGCGGUGCAAGCAGAGCAAAACUAGUCCGAAACGACGUCGUUUUUCGGCCAUCGUCCGAGGAAACGCAUAGGCUCUGGUGCCAGAAGCUUGGCGAAUUCAUCGAUUCUCUCGGACGACCCAAGAGGCUUUUUGUUUUUGUUAAUCCAUUCGGGGGGACGAAAUCUGCUGUCAUUGUUUUUCGUGAUCAAGUCAAGCCUCUGCUUGAAGACGCACAAGUGCAGCUUACAGUCCAAGAAACUAAGCAUCAGCUCCACGCAAAGCAAGUUGUUCAGUCAUUAGAUUUUUCAAAGUACGAUGGGAUUGUUUGUGUUAGUGGAGAUGGGAUCUUGGUCGAGGUUGUAAAUGGACUGCUUCAGAGGCAGGACUGGGACACUGCAAUUAAGAUGCCCCUUGGAGUAGUUCCUGCAGGUACGGGAAAUGGCAUGGCAAAGUCUCUUCUUGAUUCAGUUGGUGAUCCUUGUACAGUACCCAAUGCUGUUCUUGCCAUCAUACGAGGCCGUAAGCGAAAACUUGAUGUGGCCACCAUCACACAAGGGGAGACCAGAUUUUUCAGUGUGUUGAUGCUUGCAUGGGGUCUGGUUGCUGAUAUUGAUAUCGAGUCUGAAAAGUAUAGGUGGAUGGGAAGUGCUCGUAUUGAUUUUUAUGCUCUCACUCGAAUCUUGCAUUUGAGGCAUUACAUUGGAUGUCUUUAUUUUGUGCCUGCACCUGGAUUUGAAGCUUACGGGGACCCCACUAGUUACCCUGGAAGUUCUAAUAACAAAGGCAGCAAUAGUGAACUAAUUGAUGAGGAACCUUUGAAGUUACAAAGGCUAGGCUAUCAAGGACCUGAAAUUGACCUGGAGAAUCAGAGUUGGAGAGUUUUAAAUGGACCAUUUAUUUCUGUCUGGCUUCACAAUGUAGCUUGGGGUGCUGAAAACACCAAGGCAGCACCAGAUGCAAAGUUCUCAGAUGGUUAUCUGGACUUGAUCAUUACGAAGAAUUGCCCAAAGUUACCAUUGCUGUCGUUGAUGUCAGAUUUGAAUAAUGGAGGUCAUGUAAAAUCACCAUAUGUCAUGUAUUUAAAGGUGAAAGUUUUGGUCUUGGAACCUGGUCCACGCUUGGGGGACCAAGAGAAGGAAGGGAUCAUAGAUGCAGAUGGUGAGGUUCUGGCAAGGGGGAAAGGGUCGUACCAAUGUGAGCAGAAGGCUUUGAUGGCCUAUGAUAAACUUCAAAUAACAGUAGAUCAAGGUUUAGCUACUAUUUUUUCUCCAAUAUAAAAACCUUGAUUUUUAUAACAAAAAAGAAAAAAAAAAAACAAAAGAAAGAAUAAUCUUAGUUUAAUAAUUUUGGAAAAAAGCAACUAUCAGUGCAACCUUAUUUCAGCCUGGAGAGAAAGAGAUGUUAGAGAGAGAAAUGUAAAUAUAAUAAAUUGUAAAUGAUAUAAGAGAUGUUCAUAUAUCAUUGUUUGAUAAUUUUCAUCCAUCAUUUUAUUUCA